CACGAUGACGAGUUGGCAGGUAGUUUAUUACUGCAGCGAGGCACAACGCGGUGGGAGAAUCUCAAAUUGUCAACUGUAAGUAGAAGGUACGUACCGUGAUGUACCCGGAGCCCCACACCAUCCGUCUUGUCCCAACCAGGCUUAGCGCGGCUACCUUCUUUCGUCGUCCUUGUGCAACCCCAUUCGCGCGAUGUCGAGUUGCAGCGGUGACAUCUCAGUCGCAUCACGCACUACGUACUGCGGUACACUGCGAGGUCUUUAUGAAAUUCAUGGGCGCUGCAGGCCGAACCUGUUACGGCACUGUAAAGUAUGUCAAUCAAUGGCGUCGUUCCCUGUUGUCGAGGUGGAGCAAUUGCUGCGACGAGGUACAGGCCCUCCUCUGGGACUGGGUCUACGCCUCCAGCUACAGCGUGGCCCAAGCUAUCGGAUAUCAAGGCCAUCAACUCAACUGGGCUGCUCUUGAAAAUUAUUUCAAGCCCACGAGGCUCCAAAGGCCGUCGACACCCUCAUCUGAUCUCAUCUCAUCUCUCCUUGUCCUCUCAAGGCCAUUCGGGGUUUAAAUCUCUAAACACCGCAACCAACACACUGAACCAACACACUGAUGACCACCACCACUACUACCACCACCACCACCACCACCACCACCACAACCACAACCACAGCCACCGGACCACACGCCUCCUGCACACCCAUCCAUAGAACCAACACCCCUC